CUCCAGUUGCAAACCUAUGGGGAAUCAGUCAAUUGCUCCAAGCAGCGCUGUCUACAGUUGAAAAUGCUACCGCUAGGCAAGAACAGCAAAGAAAACCCUAACGAGGCAUAUGACGUUGAGGUACACGUUAUACAGAAUAUCGCAAAGGCCAUAGAAAAUAUCCGCGUCGCAACGCCCGUCGUCACACCGUCUAGCCAUGCUAUAGACAUUGUGGAAUCCAUACGGAAUAAGCUACUCCUUUUAGUUCAGACCGAUGACCAACCCACUAUAUCGUCUAAAGGCAAGGAAUGCAUAUGGCUACUACGAAAUGGUCGAGACAUCGUGUGGUCCAGUGAUAUUCAAACCACAACGGAAGUCAGCGACCAUAAAGCACCUGAGGAUGUCCGAUACGCAGCAGGCUUACUCGUCGUCUUUGCUGAAACGGACAGCUACACGGAUUCCAUGGAAGAUAUUCUCGUCUAUACUGCAUAUAAGGAAUGUCGGAACCCCACUCUAUUGAAGCUGAAUCAAGUUGAGGUAAACUAUCUACAGGCAUUUGGUAAACGAUGGUCGAAUCAAAUGAAAGAAGCCGCUUUCACCCUCUCAGAAGGCCGACCCUCCAUGGCCAACGACGUGUACGAAAAGUUCCUCGCUUUGGGUUCCUACAACGAUGUCCUCAGCAAGGUGAUUGCUAAAACGCGAACUAGUUUGAUCUUGACUAGCUCUGCCAAAAUCAGGCUGGGAUACUGGGCACACAUAUAUAAAGGCCGAAAGGGGAGUACGUCGACUCCUGUUAAGAGCAUUCUUGGAAGAGAAUCCAAUCUUUUGAAAAGAAAAGAGUUCAGCAUAGGCAUGACGGACUCUCAAAGAAUCAACAGUGGAGUACAGCCUGGAGACGGAUGGCGGAUAUCAUUGCUCUUCCUAUUAGCAGUCAGCCGACAGUACCCUGACUAUAUUUCCAAGACUUUGGCCAGGAAUACUGGAGGAUAUUUAGAACGUGGUAGGGGUCACGGAAACCUAUGGGCUCCUAGAGUCACGUCAGACCAGCUUGCUGAUUGCGGGGUAUUCAUGAGUAACGCACGAGACGCUGGUUACGGCUUAAGCUUUCAUCUAGAAUCACUCGUAAGCGCUGCAUUAUCUGUAAACGAUCAGUCUACAAUCUUUCAAGAUACCAUUCGACUAUGUCACUUUGUGUCGAUUAUGUGUGUGGAUGGUAGCUGGCAUUUGGAAGACUUUCAAAUUGUUAGUGAGCCCACUAUGGAGCAGUCGUUUGAUCAUGUAGUUACCAAUCAUAUUAUGAAUUGAAAUUCAGUGUAUAUAGCGUAAGGUAGAGCAGAAGGUAAAUAAUAUAACAUAGUAACUUUAUGACGGACGAAC